UGUCUUCAGGAAUGUUUACAUUUAAAAUAAACGUGUUCAUUUUUCGUCUGUCGUAGAUAAAAUUGUACGUUUUGGCGAGUAAUUGUGUUAUUUCCGUGGACCAAUCGGUGCGGAGGGGCGGGACGGAGCGCCUCUGAAAAAUAUAAUAUAACAGCGUGAGCAACGUGUGGUGAAGGACAAGCUGAGGAGCAGCCUGGAGCUCAACAUCCACCUAGAACAACACGCCGUCCCUUCUUUGCCAUGUUGGUGCUCAGUCUGGUGCCGUUGCUGUUGCUAUGUGAGUCCGGUUGCCGGGCGGUGGACGUUCCUGAGGAUGUGACGGCGGAGUUUUCGGUCAGACUGUACCACCAGCUGCAGAUGGUCGGGGGGGAGGAGAACAUUAUUUUCUCCCCGCUGAGCGUGGCCCUGGCGCUUGGUAUGGUGGAGCUGGGGGCCAGGGGGUCUUCCCUGCAGGAGAUCAGACAGGCUGUGGGGUACAGCCACUUCAGAGAAGAUGAAGAGUUCUCCAUGCUGAGGAACCUGAGCCAGGCUCUGUCUGGAGAUGAAGCGCAGUACGUCAUUCGUCUGGCCAACUCCCUGUUCCUGCAGACGGGGGUGCACUUCAGCCCGGAGUUCCUGCGCCUCAUGAAGCAGUAUUUCCACGCUGAUGCGGAGACAGUGGACUUCAGCGAGUCAACAGCUGUGGCCCAGCACAUCAACGCCUGGGUCCAGAACCACACAGAGAGUAAGAUCUAUGACCUGGUGUCAGCCGAUGACUUCAGUAGCGUGACAAGGAUUACUCUGGUCAAUGCUGUGUACUUCAGGGGCAGCUGGAAGAACCAGUUUCGGCCAGAAAACACCAGAACUUUCUCCUUCAGCAAGGACGAUGGCAGCGAGGUGCAGACGCUGAUGAUGUACCAGCAGGGAGACUUCUACUACGGUGAGUUCAGUGAUGGUUCUGCGGAGGCGGGUGGCGUGUACCAGGUUCUGGAGAUGCCGUAUGAAGGAGAGGACCUCGGCAUGAUGAUCGUUCUGCCCAGGCAGGAGGUUCCUCUGGCCACGCUGGAGCCCAUCAUCAGGCCACAGCUGCUGGACGAGUGGGCCAACAACGUCAAGAAGCAGAAGGUGGAGGUUUACCUUCCCAGGUUUAAAGUAGAGCAGAAGAUCGACCUGAAAGACACACUGCAGCAACUGGGCAUCAAAAACAUCUUCACUAAAGAUGCUGACCUCUCAGCCAUGACCGCGGAGAGAGCAGAUGGUAGUGAUCUGUUUAUCGGUAAAGCGGUCCAGAAGUCAUAUCUGGAGGUGACGGAAGAGGGAGCGGAGGGAGCGGCAGGAUCAGGGAUGAUCGCUUUGACCAGGACGUUGGUGCUGUACCCUCAGGUCAUGGCUGACCAUCCCUUCUUUUUCGUCAUCAGAAACAGGAGGACAGGAUCUCUUCUUUUCAUGGGCAGAGUGAUGAACCCUGAAGUCGUCGAUCCUUUUGACCAAGAGUUUGAUUCUGCUGAUACACAAGUUUAAUCCGAUUCACGCGUGUACUCUUAGAAACACAAGGCCUAAAGAGUGCAAUCUCACAGCAAAUGCCAUUUUUCCUUCAUGGCUUCUAUGACAAGAACCAUGAAUACACAUAAUGUAUAAGUAUAUAGUGGCAUGCAAAAGUUUGGGCACCCCGGUCAAAAUUUCCUUAGCUAAGCGAGUGGAAGAUGAACCGAUUUCCAAAAGGCAUAAAGUUAAAGAUGAAACAUUUCGCUCCCGAGUGGCGCAACCGUCUAAGCGUUGGCCCUCAUCAGGAGAUCGCGAGUUUGAUCCCGUGAUGCUACAGCCGUCCGUAGCCGGG